AUGAAGAUCAAUAAAUUAAUAUACACUCUUUUUAUUUUAUUUUCAUUACAAUAUUAUGUAUUAGCUCGCAAGUAUUCUCACUAUUAUGAAAGAAAUUUAGAAGAUGAACUUAUUGAUCUUAUCAGUAGAAAUCUAAAUCAGAUUUCAUCAGAUUCCACUGAAGUUUCUCAAGAAUCAUAUAAUGAUGAAAACAAAGUUGAACUUGAUGAUCCUGUUGAUGUCGAUCUUUGGAAUAAAUUAAAUGAUGAAGACAUUAAAAAAAUGCCACAAAUUGAUGAUUAUUCGAGUGAAAAACAAGCUAAAAGUUGGCUUAAAUGGUAUUUACGUGUGUCGAAACGAUAUCAUCAAAUUUCAGUUCUUCUCGGAUGGAAUCAUAAAACUAAUCUAACCGAAGAAAAUCGAAAAGCAAUGUCAGCACAACAUCUUAAAUCAGCACCAUUCGGACGUCAAACAUUACCAAUAGCAAAAAAAUUUGAUGAAUAUAUGACACAUUCAUCUGAUGAAGAUUUAAAACGUACUUAUGAUCGUUUAGCACGAGGUACUGUCAGUAAUAAUGAUGAAAAUGUAAAAAAAAGUUCAAAAUUACAUGCGCAAUUAGAACAAAUCUAUUCAACAGCAGAAGUAUGUGAAUUAAAUGAUAAUACAAAAUGUUAUACACUUUCACCUUAUUUGGAACGAUUAAUGCAAAUUGAAAAAGAUUAUGAUCGUUUAUUAUGGGCAUGGAAAGGUUGGCAUAAUCAAUGUGGCAAUAAAAUUCGUCCAGUUUAUUUACCAUAUAUUGAUUUAUUAGAUGAAAAUAUUAAAGAAAAUGGAUAUAAAGAUGAAGCGCAAAAAUGGAUUGAAGAAUAUGAAAUGGGUAAUGAAACAGAAUUCGAAAGUAUUCUAGAUCAAAGUCUUCAAGAUAUUAUGCCAUUCUAUGAACAAUUACAUGCUUUUGUUCGUGGACGUUUAUGUGAAAUAUAUCCUAAACGAUUUGAUUGUAAUGGACCUAUUCCCGCUCAUUUACUUGGUAAUAUGUGGGCUCAACAAUGGCAAAAUCGUCUUGAUGAUCUUAUGCCAUAUCCGGAUGUGCCACUUGUAAAUAUCACACGUAUUUUAUAUAAGAAAAAAUAUACUAUAGAGAAAAUGUAUAAAACUGCUGAGAACUUUUUUACAUCAAUUAAUCUUUAUCCAAUGACUCCAAAAUUUUGGGCACGUAGUAUGUUUACCAAACCUGUUGAUCGUGAUGUUGUUUGCCAUGCAUCGGCAUUUGAUUUUCGUUAUCAUAAUGAUUAUCGAGUUAAAAUUUGUACUAUUAUGGAUGAUGAUUAUUUUUAUACAAUUCAUCAUGAAAUGGGACAUAUAGAAUAUUAUAUGUCAUAUGCAAAUCAAAGAUAUGAUUAUCAAGAUGGUGCUAAUUCCGGUUUUCAUGAAGCUAUUGGAGAUACAAUUGGAAUGUAUGCAAUUUCACCACGACAUUUAGUAAAAAUUGGUUUUCUCGAUGAAGAAAGUAUAAAUUCUCAUUAUGAAAUGAAUUUCUUAAUGCGUAUGGCAUUACAAAAAGUCGCAUUUUUACCAUUCGCAUAUGUAAUGGAUAAAUAUCGUUUUGCUUUAUUUCGUCAUGAAAUAAAUCGUGAUACUGAACUUAAUGCAAAAUGGUGGGCAUUACGUAUUCAAUAUGGUGGAAUUAUGGCGCCAGUACCACGUAGUGAUCCAGAAAAUUUUGAUGCAGGUGCAAAAUUUCAUAUACCAUCAGGUACACCGUAUGCAAGAUAUUUUAUAGCACAUAUAUUACAAUUUCAAUUUUAUCGUGCUAUGUGUCGAUUACAAGGACAGACGAAACGAUUACAUAUGUGUGAUAUCUAUGGAAAUAAACAUGUUGGAGAAAGAUUUAAAGAAAUGUUAGCAAUGGGAAGUUCGAAACCAUGGUCAGAAAUCUUAGAAAGUUUAACUGGAGAAAAUAAAUUAGAACCACAAGCAAUGGUGGAUUUUUUUGAACCAUUAUAUAAAUGGUUAAAAAUGGAAAAUUUAGCACGAGGUUAUCCUGUUGGUUGGAAGUAA